CACUGUGACAGAAAUUUGCUGUAACUUCUCUUAUUGACGGGUAGUCAAAACAGUAAAAUGACUGAAGCUGAUGUGGUGUACUCUGAUGUUAAGUUCACAAAAUCAAAGGAAAAUGCCACAGUGACGUCCUCACCAAAUGAAUCCACUUACUCUGAAAUCAAGAUCUCGAGGACCGAGCCAUCAGCAGGCUCCCAACAACAAGCAGCUGGAGGGUCAAAGGUCACAGCAGACAGAGUGGCUGUAGUGGUUCUCAGUGCUCUCCUGCUUGCUGCUGUCACCGCUCUUGGCUUUAUCUGUUAUAAACACCAUCAAACCACGGAACAUCUCCAGAAGCUGACUGAUGAGAAUGCAGCCAUGAGAAAGAAUAUCACAGAGACACGCUGUGAGGUGAUAACGGUGCAGAAACCCUGUCCACAACCUCCUUCGGAUACAUGUCACAAAUGUCAAGAAGGCUGGGAGCAGAAUGGACCACAGUGCUACUUUUUCUCCACUAAUAAAUUAAUCUGGGAAGAGGCCAGAGAGAAAUGCCGACAGAAUGGAUCAGAUCUGGUUAAGAUAGAGAGCGAGGACGAGCAGUCAUUCCUGAUACAGAGACUGAGAGACAAGAUGGCAGAGGAUGAGGACAAGUUCUGGAUCGGACUGACAGACUCAGUGACAGAGGGCACAUGGUUGUGGGCAGACGGGACACCACUGAACGAGAGUUUGAAAUUUUGGAGCAAUAAUGAGCCAGACGACUGGAAAGGGCACAACAAUGAGAACAUGAAUGGAGAGGACUGUGUGAGGAUGGGAGAAAAAUCUGGAUCAGGCCUGAAUUGGUGGUUUGAUAAAUCCUGCAUAGCACCUCAGAAACGUAUUUGUGAGAAGUCAGCUGAAACUGGACGUCUGAAGUGCGUCUGAAAAGUAGCUUAAGUCUUAAACAAUCUCAGGAUCAUGUGGAGCUUUUUUUUUUUUUUUUUUUUAAAUAUUUUUUAAAUGUUUACAUUAAAGAAGUGUCACAACUUUCCAAAUCUACAAUCUGAAUUUGAAUUUGAAUGUCAAAUCCUUCUUUAAUAAGAUAAGCUACAGUGUACAGAGAGGUGCAGGGAAGAUGUAUUUUUGUAGACUAACCUGGAAGAUAGCAUCACUCUGGUGCACUCGACAGAAAGACUUCAGUAUUUAUGAUACUUACAUGUACAUUCAAAAAUCACAAUCAAAAAGUUGUUGCAGCAGCUCGUGUCACCUUGAAACUGCUCAGCAAGGAAGAAAAGUAGUCCACAUUCUUUCUAACUGCCACUGUACAACCCUUUACUACUUUCACUUAGUUCUUUAAAACCGUGUUUUGCAACUCAAAACAAAACAUAAAAAAUAUAUAUAUAAAUAUCUAUAUUUAUAAAACAUGCAACAUGUCCCUGAUUUUGCAUAUAAUUAUAAUAUUAUUAUAGUUUUUCAUUUCCACUUUGUUAUUUUGCCACAUGGGACCUUUUUUUUUUUUUAAAUAAAACUUUGCAUGCUGGUGAUGGAGAAAGAAAUAAUCUUUUGUUCCUGUUUGAAUUGCGCCAUGAAGUAAACAUAUGAUGCUUGUGGAAUAAAAAGAUUCACGUUCAAGUC